AUGUGUAAAUGCGCAGAAAAUCAUUUUCUUCGUAAACUUGUUUCUUCUCUUUUUGAACAGGGAAAGUUAGCAUAUUUUCAAUUUGAUAACAUAUUCAAAGAGAUUUUGAUUGAAGUUCUCAGUGAAGAAAUUAAAUAUCACAAAAAUCACAUUGGUCAGGAUAAUAAUUGGAAAAAGAUUUCAAAGCAUCAUCAUUGCAAUCAUAACCAUCAUAAACACAAAUCUAAUUGCUCGAAUUCGGAAACAGAAAAUAUUGACACUCCAACAACAUGUACUUCAGCAUCAAUGCCAACUGGGUCACGAUUACAGUGCGACAAUUCGACUUUCGAAAUAAAACUAUCACCACCACCACAUCGCCCAAAAGGUCCGCGCAAGGAAAAAAUUUUCACACAAAAAAAAAGAAACCAAAUUUCAUCAAAUACCACAGCUGAACCAACAUCGACAUCAACAACGCAACCAGCUUCACAAGAGUAUCAAAUUGAUUUUGAUACUGCUAAAGUUAAAGAAGCUCAAUUAUAUAUAAUGAGUAGAAAGCCACCUUGUGAAGAUGUUUUCUUUCCGACACCGUCAGCGCCGCAUUGGAAACAAUUCGAUUCCUGA